CCCACUUCUGCCCCCACUAUGUAGGCUACUUUUUUACAUCCCUGCUUACGUUUGGCUGGCAUAGCCUAAUUUCCGCAUUCCCAAAUCCUCCCAGAUUGGGAUCACGUUUAAAAUCGGGCUGAUGCAACGAUUUCCACUUUUUAAAAUAUACUCUCGACCCUCGGCUGACCAGAAGAAAGGACAUUUGUUGCACCUGGGAUCAAAGUCAGCUGUGGUCACGACCGAGUCUGACACGAUGCCAGGACAAAUCCCAGAUCCCUCUGUGACAGCAGGCUCCCUGCCCAGCCUGGGCCCACUGGCUGGGAUCACAGCCACCACGCUGACUGACAAGCUCAGAUUUGCCGACCUCCAGGAGUUUGGGACAAUGCUGUCACCUCUGCACUUCCUGGACAGUCUGGGGAAGAGGCCUCUAGUAAUCAAAACUGAGAGAGAUGAAGAGGAAGAGAGGAGGAAACGAAGGCGAGAGAAAAACAAAGUGGCUGCAGCUCGCUGUCGAAACAAAAAGAAGGAGAGGACAGAUUAUCUACAAAAGGAAUCAGAGAGACUAGAGAUGUUAAAUUCCGACCUUAAAGCCCAGAUCGAGGAGCUGAAGCUCGAACGGCAGCAGCUGAUCCUCAUGCUCAACCGCCAUCGCCCCACGUGUAUUGUCAGGACAGACAGUGUCAAAACUCCAGAGAGUGAGGUGAGCCCCCUGCUGCAGCAGCUGGAGGCCAAGUGAAGGUGGUGGAAUGAGUUUCUACAGUUUACGAUUGGGAAGAAGCAGCAAACUAGCAGCACUUAGGUUUGGGGCCUCGGUCGUGGAGGAGAACCAGCCACUGAGCGCUACGCCACAAAAUGUGGAUCCACUGUGCUUAGACACUGUUUUGGCAGUUAAAUGAAACUUUUAUUCUUUUCUUGCUUUUUUCAUUUAUUUGUCAUUUUCACAGGUCCAGCCACAAUUAGUAUGAAGGCAAACGAAAAACACAACACAACCUUUGGUAGAAUUACAGGCCAUACAUGAGGCAUUAUUUUAAUAUAUUUGCAGUAAUUACUGUGUUUUAUUGCUUUUUUUUUAUUAAUUAUUUUUGUAGUUAAUCCUAAAACAGAGCUAGAUUUGGUCAGUCAGCUACAUAGAUGUUUAUUUGUGGCUGAGCAGCAUAAAACUAAGUCACUGUUUCCAUGCAGUGCAGAAGUGAGUCCCUAAAGAGAUCCUAUGUUUCUAAGUGUUCAGGCUACAAACAGAGAUCUUUGCAGCUUAUCUGUGUGUGCAUGCCCAAAACAACACUGAGUGUCUUUCCAUUGUUCAAAUGCAUCCAGGGAAUCAUAGAAAUUUAAUUGAAAUCUGUGUGGAAAUUAAUAGAAACAGUUGUAUAUGUAUUUUUAAAAAACUACUGGAAUGCAUUAACCAUCACAUACAGAUGAUAUAAAAAAAGUAAUAUUACCAAAUUACCCUACAGUCAAAGAAGCCCUUUUGUCACAUAAAUAACCUUAAAAUUUUUCUACAUUUGGUGGCACAAAAGCCUGAACAUUCUUUCUUUUAUUCCAUUGUUUUUGGCGCAGGCGUCAUGUAUGCACAUAUAUAUAUGAGUGUUUACAUUGUACUUUAUUUUCUGUUACCGUAUUGUUACCAAUUAUGUCUAUGUUUUUAUUCUUUUGUAUAUGAUGUUAUAUAAGCAUAUAAGCUAUCACAAAAUCCCAUUUUGUAU